AAAUACAACACUUUAUUUAGGAAUUUGUUUCACGAUAAAUUGAACUCAGGUUAGGUAUACAAACAUUAUGACAGUGUUAGUAUUAACGAAGACAUGGAUAAAGGCACUACUGUCGAUUAUCGGCGCAUUAUCGAUAGGAUUUUAUUACAACGACAAGAGUAAAGUUAUUUACUAAAGCAAGAAACAAACUUUUUACAAAAUUAAAAAAUGACAGAAUUCGAAAAGAAAUUAAUAACCAGUAAAGACGUGCAACAACGGUGCAACAGUUGGGUAGAAUCUCAGAAAGAUUGUACAUAUACAGAUGAAACACAGCACAAGAGAAAAUCAAUAGAUGACGAUGACAGUUAUAAUACUGAUUCAGAGUUCGAUUCUGUGUCAGAGUGUGGCACAAAAAGAAGAAGGGUUGGUGUGCCAUUAAAAUGCGAAGUUUAUCAUCUUUCUUGCGAAUGGACUGGCUGUGAGUUCGAAAGCAAUCACGUAAAAAGAUUCAUAGACCACGUGGCCGCGCACGUGUCGGAUUUAAGUACGCGGACCAAUGAGAAAGAUAUCACUGUUUAUGUGUGUCAAUGGAAUGGCUGUUUCUAUGAAAGUAAUGAUCCUGAUGAAAUAACGCGACAUGUAAAUUACCAUGCAUAUCAUACGAAAUUAAAAUGUAUUGGUUCAAAUAUUCGCGCCAGAGUUAAAUUACCUAAAUGUCGUAGAGAUUCUGACUGGAAAAAUGUUGUGGAACUACCAGCACCUCUUCUUUGUCGUUGGGAAGAAUGUUUGAAACGUUUCAGAAAUUAUCAAUUAUAUUUAUAUCAUGUAGCUGCUCAUGUUGAAGAAGGACCCCGGGGUAAUAAGGUUGAAGGAGGUUUAGAGUGUAAAUGGACAGGUUGUAAUAGCACGUGUCCUAAUUUGUACAAAUUGAGAGAUCAUGUACGACGACAUACAAAAGAAAAAAUUGUUGCUUGUCCUGAUUGUGGUGCUACUUUCGCAUCAAACACAAAAUUUCACAUUCACUGUAAACGACAAAUACCAAUUGAUGUUCAAGGAUUUCAGUGUUCCCACUGCAACAAGUUUUAUCCUACAGAAGGAAUUUUAAGGGAUCAUAUGCGAAUGCAUGUUUUUAACUAUAAAUGUACUCUUUGUGAUAUGAGCUGUGAAUCACCAGCUAGUUUGGCUAAACAUGUUAGAUAUCGGCAUGUUUCUACUAGGUGUUUUCCAUGUCAGCUUUGUAAUCAUGCUGCCAAAUCACAACAGGAUCUAGAUUCCCAUAUGACAGUUCAUACAAGUGGCCCCAACUUUUCUUGUCAUUUUGAGGGAUGUUUAUAUAAAUGCAAAGGUGCCUAUACUCUUGAUAGGCACAUAGAACGAGUUCAUGGUAUGCAAGUACGAUGGUAUUGUUGCCAUGAGUGUCCAAUAAAAUAUAGAAAAAGCUAUAGAUUAACAAAACAUUUAAUUGAAGCACAUCGAUUGCAAUUACCUAGUGGUCAUACAAGAUUUCAGUAUACCCAUGAGGAAGAUGGUUGUUACAGAUUGCAAAAAGUUAGAUAUGAAGCUAUUGAAGAAGAAAAUGAUUCUUCAAUUGGAAACUUAAAAAAUCAAAACAAAAAGUUCAAGAUUAAAUUAAAUAAAGAUUCUAGUAUGCCCAAAGUCGAGAUUUUUGAAGAUUUAGGUGAAGAUGAAGAAGAAAAUGUAGAAAAAGAAAUUGAAGAAAUGUCAGGAGAGGAAGUGAACGAAAACGAAUCAUUGCCCGUAAUUUCAAACAUUUUAAUAUCGAUCGAUGAAACCGAUGCAGAAGGCAAUAUAAUUAGAAGCAGAGUUGUAGAGGCACAGGAAACUAUGGAAUUACCGCCUUCUGAAGGACCACCGUUAAUUUUAACAUAGUACAAUUGCAAUUACUUGAUAAAAAAUUUUAAUAAAAUUAAAAAUAAAUGUUUUUUGGUAGAUA